AACAGCAACGAUAAGAACAAAAUGUCAUAUAAAAGUUAGUCUAUUGCAAUCUCAAAGCAAGAUCACACUAUUAUACAACUACUAUAUAUAAAGUAACAUCACCAACAUUGAUCUUCUAAAUUUGCACAUACAUUAGUUUGACUAUGAAGACAACGAGCUUCCUCCUUGUAACAUCGACACUCCUCCUGCUAACAUGCACCACCCAUGUCUUCUCCGCCACACCAUGUCCACCCUGCGGCAACACCACCGUCCCUUUCCCGCUCAGCACCACCCCAACCUGCGGUGACCAAUCAUACAAAAUAAACUGCACCUCCACCGGAACAUUAGUUUUCACCACAGUAAACAACUCCUACCCAAUCCAAUCCAUAAACCCUCAAACCCAACGCUUCGUAAUACAACCAGCACCACUCAUCCCUAACACAUGCACCACCACAGAUAAAAUAUAUGAAGGUAUCAUACUCAACAACACUCUUCCGUUCAACAUCACUAGCUCCAAUACCAUCGUGUACCUCAACUGCACACGCGACCUUCUUCGGUCUCCGCUUAACUGCUCCGCCGCUAGUGCUUGUCAUGCUUACAUCAACGCCACCGUGCCUACGUGUCAGACCGGUCCGCUUUGUUGCACUUACCGAACCGGUGGUUCGAGUAACUCUUACCAGAUUCGUGUUAGGAGUUCUGGUUGUAGUGCUUAUUCGAGUUUUGUUAACCUUGACUCCGGUCUUGCGGUGAACCGGUGGUCUAGACCGGGUUUGGAGAUUCAGUGGAUGUCACCUAGGGAAACUGUGUGCACGUCUCAGAAUGAUUGUGAUGCCGCCACGUCGACUUGUGGGGUUGAUAGUUCAUCACCUAAUAAUGGGAUCAAGAGGUGUUUCUGUAAUGGAGAUCUUGUGUGGGACCCUAUUCAAGGGGUGUGUGCUAAAAAAAUUACUUGCUUUAAUCCAGAUGGGUGUAAAUCAAGUCAUAAGACAGCCAUAAUAGCAGGUAUAACAUGUGGAGUUGGAGCUGCACUAAUCCUAGCAGCAAUUGCGUUUCUUCUCUACAAACGUCACAAACGCAUAUUAGAAGCACAACAACGCCUAGCCAAAGAGCGCGAAGGAAUUUUAAACGCAAGUGGUGGUGGCAGAGCAGCCAAACUUUUCACCGGCAAAGAGAUCAAGAAAGCCACAAACGACUUCUCAGCCGAUCGCCUCCUCGGCAUUGGUGGUUAUGGUGAAGUCUACAAAGGCUUUCUUCAAGAUGGCACCGCCAUAGCCGUUAAAUGUGCUAAAAUUGGAAAUGCAAAAGGCACUGACCAAGUCCUAAACGAAGUUCGCAUUUUAUGCCAAGUUAACCACAGAAACCUCGUUGGAUUACUCGGUUGCUGCGUGGAAUUGGAGCAGCCAAUUUUGGUUUAUGAGUUCAUAGAAAAUGGAACACUUAUGGAUCAUUUAACAGGUCAAAUGCCAAAGGGUCGUGCUUCACUUAAUUGGAACCAUCGCCUUCACGUUGCUCGUGACACUGCUGAAGGACUUGCAUACCUUCACUUCAUGGCAGUGCCGCCAAUUUACCAUAGAGAUGUUAAGUCAAGUAACAUUCUUUUGGACUUCAAGAUGAAUGCUAAGGUUUCAGAUUUCGGGUUAUCACGGUUGGCUCAAACGGAUAUGAGUCAUAUCUCAACUUGUGCUCAAGGGACACUUGGGUACCUUGAUCCUGAAUAUUAUAGAAACUACCAAUUGACCGAUAAGAGUGACGUUUAUAGUUUCGGGGUUGUGUUGCUUGAGCUUUUGACGUCUCAGAAGGCGAUAGAUUUCAACAGGGCUUCAGAUGAUGUGAAUUUGGCAAUUUAUGUGCAGAGGAUGGUGGAUGAAGAGAAGUUGAUUGAUGUUAUUGAUCCUGUUUUGAAAAAUGGAGCUAGUAAUAUAGAGCUUGAUACUAUGAAGGCUGUGGCUUUUUUGGCAUUGGGUUGUUUGGAGGAGAAACGACAGAAUCGACCUUCAAUGAAAGAAGUGUCUGAGGAGAUUGAGUAUAUCAUUAGUGUUGCCUCUACAAAGGCAGUGUAGAAGUAGUAUGUUUCUUUGGAUGUAUGUAGGUUACUAAUGAAAGAGUAAAGUUUUUAUGACUUUUGUUUAUACUUAUGAAUUGUGACUGAUUGUGCAUGUUUGUGGAAGAACUUAGGUUCUUAAUAGUUUGUAGAAUUAUAUUUACCUUAAUUUACUAAAUGAAAUGUAGUACUGAUGGAAAACAGGAUUUAAGGUUUUGCAA